AUGGCGUCCACGGGGUCUUCGGGCUUCUUGGGCCGGUCAAGCGGCAGCAGCAAUAACAUGCGCGGUCUCGUCCAGUUCAUUGCCGAUUUGCGGAAUGCUCGGGCGCGCGAGCUGGAGGAGAAGCGCAUCAAUAAGGAGCUGGCAAAUAUCCGGCAGAAGUUCAAAGAUGGAAACUUGAGCGGAUACCACAAGAAGAAAUACGUCUGCAAGCUCCUCUACAUCUACAUCCUCGGCUUCGACGUUAGUUUCGGCCAUCUGGAGGCCGUCAAUCUUAUCUCAUCGACUAAGUACUCCGAAAAGCAGAUCGGCUAUCUGGCCGUGACGCUAUUCCUCCAUGAGAAGCAUGAGCUUCUGCACCUUGUGGUCAACAGCAUACGGAAAGAUUUGUUGGACCACAAUGAGUUGUUUAACUGUCUGGCGCUGCAUGCCAUCGCCAAUGUCGGCGGCAGGGAAAUGGGCGAGGCAUUGGGCGCGGAUGUGCACAGGCUAUUGAUCUCUCCCACAUCCAAGUCGUUCGUCAAGAAGAAGGCUGCUUUGACGCUCCUACGCUUGUACCGUAAACAGCCGGCCAUAGUCCAGCCGGACUGGGCGGAGCGAAUUGUCUCCCUCAUGGACGACCUGGACAUGGGCGUGGCCCUCUCCGUGACAUCCCUCGUCAUGACCUUGGCGCAGGACAACCUGGAGCUGUAUAAGGGCGCAUAUGCUAAAGCUGUCAACCGUCUCAAGCGUAUCGUGCUUGAUGGCGAGUAUACCCCUGACUAUGUCUACUACAAAGUGCCUUGCCCCUGGAUCCAGGUGAAGCUCCUGAGAUUACUGCAGUACUUCCCCCCGUCAGAGGACAAACACAUUCGCGAAAUGCUCCGCGAGACUCUCCAAAAAAUCCUGGAUCUUGCCCUUGAAACCAACAAGAACGUCCAGCAAAACAACGCCCAGAAUGCGGUACUGUUCGAGGCGAUUAACCUGAUCAUCCACCUCGACACCGAGCACGCCCUCAUGAAGCAGAUCUCCCAGAGAUUGGGUCGCUUCAUCAACUCCAGGGAGACCAACGUCCGCUAUCUGGGGCUGGAAGCCAUGACCCAUCUGGCUGCCCGUGCAGACACGCUGGAUCCCAUCAAGCAGCACCAGGAUGUCAUCAUCGGUUCGCUCAAAGACCGAGACAUCAGUGUCAGGAGGAAAGCGCUCGAUCUCCUCUACAGCAUGUGCGACCACACAAACGCCACAAUUAUUGUGACGGAGCUGUUGCACUACCUGCAAAACGCUGACUUCGCCAUCCGUGAGGAGAUGGUGCUUAAGAUCGCCAUCCUGACGGAGAAGUACGCUACGGACGUGCAGUGGUAUGUCGACAUAUCGCUGCGGCUCAUCGCCAUGGCGGGCGAUCACGUCAGCGAUGAGGUCUGGCAGCGUGUGAUCCAAAUCAUCACCAACAACGAGGAGCUGCAGGUCUAUGCGGCACGGAACUGUCUCCAGUACUGCAAGCAGGACCAUUGCCACGAGACGCUCGUCAAGAUUGGUGCCUAUAUCCUCGGUGAGUUUGGACAUCUGAUUGCCGAAGAGAAGGGCUGCAGCCCGAUCGAGCAGUACCUGGCGCUUUCUAGCAAGCUGGGCGCUUGCUCGUCGAGCACUAGGGCCAUGAUUCUAUCUUGCUUCAUCAAGUUCGUCAACUUGUUCCCUGAGAUCAAGCAGCAGCUCGUGGCAGUCUUUAGCAUCUACAGUUACUCGCUGGAUGCUGAGCUGCAGCAACGAGCGUGCGAGUAUCUCACCCUGGCCAACAUGCCCACCGACGACUUGCUCCGCACGGUCUGCGACGAGAUGCCUCCGUUCCCAGAACGUCAGUCGGCCUUGCUCUCCAGACUCCACCAAAAGCAUUCCAACACGAGCGACAAGCGGACAUGGGUCGUCGGCGGUAAGGAUGCCAACCGCGACCAAGCCGAGCUCAACAUGGCCAAGCAAGGCGGUCUCCGGAAGACCUUCACCAACGGCAGCCAGGCCACCGGCACAUCGGCCGCCAACGGCCAACCCACCGGCGCCGUCAACGACCUCAUCGGCCUCGACAUGAACAACGUCGGCCCCGCCGAACAAAAGACAGUCAAGGUCCCCAACCUCGCCAGCUCAGCCCACCUCUCUCCCGGCUGGGAGCGCGGCUUCAACCGCCUGCUCCUGCGCACAGACGGCAUCCUCUUCGAGGACCUGCAGCUCCAAGUCGGCGUGCGCUCCGAAUAUCGCGGCGCCAUGGCCUGCCUGAUCCUUUACUUCACCUCCAAGUCGCCCUCCAUCAUGACCGGCUUCACGACGACCCUCGACCUAGACGAGUCCGAAAAGGGCAACAUCACCUGGGACAUCAAGGGUAUGCCCGACCCGACGCUGUCGCACGGCGGCCAGACUCAGCAGGUCAUUCUCUUCGAGGCCAAGCGCGUGUUCCAGAAGGCCCCGACUAUCCGCAUUAGCUACCUGUCGGGUUCCCUGCAGUGGUAUACCUUGAUGCUGCCGCUGGCGAUUCAUAAGUUUAUGGAUCCGGCGGAGCUGUCUGCGGAGGAUUUCUUUAAGCGAUGGAGGCAGAUUGGAGGCGCCCCGCGCGAGGCACAGAAGAUUUUCGGACUGGCACCCGCGGCGAGGGAUGCGAAGAGGGAGUUGAACGAGGAUUUUAUUCGGAGAGUGGUGGAAGGGUUUAGGUGGGGCAUCUUGAGGGGGGUUGAUCCGAAUGAGAGGAAUUUUGUGGGUGCUAGUGUGGUGCAUACUACGGAGGGCGGCAAGUAUGGGUGUUUGUUGAGGUUGGAGCCUAAUUAUGCUACUCAGAUGAUUCGGUUGACGAUAAGGGCGACGGAUGAGAGCGUGCCGCCAAUCUUGUUGAAGAUGAUGGAGGAAAGGCUUGUGGUGGGCAUGUCGACACAGACAGAGAAAAGACCGCCACCGACGGUGAGCGAGAUCUCGGAUGCCUUUAGGAACGUGAUGGUUCGGUGA